AUGACCGAUCACUAUUCUGAAUCAACAAGGGGAGAUGAGCAGAUAACAACACGAGCACAUUCAGCACUUCCGGCAGCUGUACGACCAAGUUCAGUCACUCACACGGAUGAGCGCGCAGCACCACGAGCUAUCGAACCUGAUCUGGUUGCCAAAGACAGAUACGAUCCGGCCAGUAAAUGCUUUUCAUACGUACCGGCUCGUGCACUCAAUGAACAUUUCACGGCGCCCCGGAAGCCACAGCGUCAAAAAUUUGACGAACCAGCUGUAGCAACAUUGAAUGUAGAGCCGUCACCAUCCGAGAUUGCGUCAGUUCCAGUAAAAUCCACUGAGUUACAGCGACGACCCGACACACCAAAAUGGGAGGACGACAUUGAUAAGGUUACUAUUCAGAAAUUUAACUCAGUUUUGUAAAA